AUGAAGGAGGUGGAAAAGAACAUGAACAAGGAAGAAAAGAACAUGAACGAGGAAGAAAAGAACAUGAACGGGGAAGAAAAGAACAUACGAGGUGGAAAAGAACAUGAACGAGGUAGAAAAGAACAUGAAUGGGGAAGAGGAGAACAUGAACAGAAAAAAGAAGAAUAUGAACGAGGUGGAAAAGAACAUGAACGAGGUGGAAAAGAACAAGAACAAGGAAUGGGCACACUACCUGUGAAACAUGUAAAAGGUAAAUAUCUGGGGAUAAGAAUCAUGGAACAAAGAUUAAGGAAGAGAAAAAAUGAGAACGAUGAACCAUCUGAAAACCUUUCUGUGAAGAGGAGCAGAAAAGUAUUCAAGAACAUGAUGAAGAAUGAUUUAAACAUUGAGGAGAAUGAUCUCAGCAGGGAGGAGAAGGAUCCCAGCAGGAAGGAGAAUGAUCUCAGCAGGGAGGAGAAUGAUCUCAGUAGGAAGAAGAAUGAUCUCAGCCGGGAGGAGAAUGAUCUCAGCAGGGAGAAGAUUGAUCCCAGCAGGGAGGAGAAUGAUCUCAGCAGGAAGGAGAAUGAACCCAGGAGGAAGGAGAAUGUUCUAAGUAGAGAGGAGAAGGAUCUUAGCAGGGGUAAAAAUGAUCAAAGUAGGAAGGAGGAAGAUCUCAGCCAGGAGGAGAAUGAUUCCAACAAAGAGGAGAAUUAUUUCAGGAGAGAGGAAAAAACUGAACUUACAAAAAGGAUUGCUGAACUAGAGAAGCAGGAGAAUUAUGAGAAAGAUCAACUAAAAAUUAAGAUUUUUGAACUUGAGAAACAGAGGACUGAUGAGAAGUGCAAACUUAAAGAAAGGAUUUCUGAACUUGAGAAGCAGAAUAAAAAUAAUGUAGAAUUAAUAAAAAAGAUAUCU